CGUGGCGGCCCCGCGGCCAGGCCUGUUAUUCAGCUUGCCGCUCCGCUGGGACCCGCACAGCGCCAGUGGCUCGGGGGUCGGCUCUCGCCCCCUCCCAGGCCUGGGCCUAGAGCCACCCCCAACCAGAGGCCGGAGACAGCUGGAGCCGCUGCCGCAUCCCGGCCCAGCCUCCCCUACCAUCCCUCCCACUUCCACUGGACAUCUGGACCCUGGGCCCCCGCACCGACAGGGUUCCGGAAACCCUCCCCGCCCAGCCCGGCGGCCGGGCCCUGCGCCUCCCUCUCUCUAGAGCCCCCCAGCCCGCCUCAAGACUAGACUUCCGCCUACCCCUGGACACCUCCACCCGGUCCCCUCCCUCCCCCACUCCCACAGCCUGGACCGGGGUAGGAGGGAGGGGGGGUGUGCGCCCAGCGCCGUCCCCGCCCCGCCCCCCGUGAUUCCCCCUGCAUGGCCGGCCCGGGUGGGGGACGCGGGGGGGCCCGGGCGCCAUGCGGGGGGGGCACAAAGGGGGUCGCUGUGCCUGUCCCCGUGUGAUCCGAAAAGUGCUGGCAAAAUGCGGCUGCUGCUUCGCCCGGGGGGGACGUGAAUCCUAUUCCAUUGCUGGCAGUGAGGGGAGUAUAUCGGCUUCUGCUGCCUCCGGUCUGGCUGCCCCCUCUGGCCCCAGCUCUGGCCUCAGCUCUGGCCCCUGUUCCCCAGGCCCCCCAGGGCCCGUCAGUGGCCUGAGGAGAUGGUUGGAUCAUUCCAAACAUUGUCUCAGUGUGGAAACUGAGGCAGACAGUCGUCAGGCGGGACCAUAUGAGAACUGGAUGUUGGAGCCAGCUCUAGCCACAGGAGAGGAGCUGCCGGAACUGACCUUGCUGACCACAUUGUUGGAGGGCCCUGGAGAUAAGACACAGCCACCUGAAGAGGAGACUUUGUCCCAAGCCCCUGAGAGUGAGGCGGAACAGAAGAAGAAGGCUCUGGAAAGGAGUAUGUACGUCCUGAGUGAACUGGUAGAAACAGAGAAAAUGUACGUGGAUGACUUGGGGCAGAUUGUGGAGGGUUACAUGGCCACCAUGGCUGCUCAGGGGGUCCCCGAAACUCUUCGAGGCCGUGACAGGAUUGUGUUUGGGAACAUCCAGCAAAUCUAUGAGUGGCACCGGGACUAUUUCUUGCAAGAGCUACAGCGGUGUUUGAAAGAUCCUGAUUGGCUGGCUCAGCUAUUCAUCAAACACGAGCGCCGGCUGCAUAUGUAUGUGGUGUACUGUCAGAAUAAGCCCAAGUCAGAGCAUGUGGUGUCAGAGUUUGGGGACAGCUACUUUGAGGAGCUCCGGCAGCAGCUGGGGCACCGCCUGCAGCUGAACGACCUCCUCAUCAAACCUGUGCAGCGGAUCAUGAAAUACCAGCUGCUGCUCAAGGAUUUUCUCAAGUAUUACAAUAGAGCUGGGAUGGAUACUGCGGAGCUAGAGCAAGCUGUGGAGGUCAUGUGCUUUGUGCCCAAGCGCUGCAACGAUAUGAUGACGCUGGGGAGAUUGCGGGGAUUUGAGGGCAAACUGACUGCUCAGGGGAAGCUCUUGGGCCAGGACACUUUCUGGGUCAUCGAGCCUGAGGCUGGGGGGCUGCUGUCUUCUCGAGGUCGAGAGAGGCGUGUCUUCCUCUUUGAGCAAAUCAUCAUCUUCAGUGAAGCCCUGGGAGGAGGAGUGAGAGGUGGAACACAGCCUGGAUAUGUAUACAAGAGCAGCAUUAAGGUGAGCUGCCUGGGACUGGAGGGGAACCUCCAAGGUGACCCUUGCCGCUUUGCACUGACCUCCAGAGGGCCAGAGGGUGGGAUCCAGCGCUAUGUCCUGCAGGCUGCAGACCCUGCUAUCAGUCAGGCCUGGAUCAAGCAUGUGGCUCAGAUCUUGGAAAGCCAACGGGACUUCCUCAACGCAUUGCAGUCACCCAUUGAGUACCAGAGACGGGAGAGCCAGACCAACAGCCUGGGGCGGCCAGGAGGGCCUGGAGUGGGGAGCCCUGGGAGAAUUCGGCUUGGAGAUCAGGCCCAGGGCAGCACGCACACACCCAUCAAUGGCUCUCUCCCCUCCCUGCUGCUGUCACCCAAAGGGGAGGUGGCCAGAGCCCCCUUGCCCCUGGAUAAACAGGCCCUCAGUGACAUCCCUCAGGCUCCCCAUGGCUCUCCUCCAGUCUCUCCAACUCCAAACACCCCUCCCUGCCAAGCCAGACUUGCCAAGCUGGAUGAAGAUGAGCUGUAACUGGUGAAAACCAUGGGGAUGGUGCUGACUCAACUGCCUAUUCCCCAAGAAGCUUCAGGGCAGUCUUUCUGGCACUGCUCCAGAAUUCUUCCUUCUUGGUGUGUCUGGAGGAAGGGUGGGCAAGGCUGGGAGGGAUAUCAACUUGGAGGAGAGCACCUAGACCCAAGGACUUUUUUCUGCCCAAGGAACACAGUUUCCUUCAGCUCCCAUCCCUAUGCAUGCAUCAUGGUUCCCCGAAAAGGAGGAUAUGUGGGUGGGUGGGAGGGCUGGGGCAAGGGCCAGAUAGAAAUUAUUGGUUUUGUUUUUUAAUUUUGUUUUUCCUGUUUUCUGAGAAUAAAGGUUUUGUUAUAUCA